AUAUGCUAAGAUAUAUUUUUAAGAUAUGCUAAUUAAAUUCAACUGAAGCCGUCAACAUGAAUAAGGACAAGAUUUCACAUAGACAGAUGCAGCAGGAGACUGAGAGAAGACUGGAACAGAAAUUGCAAGAAGCCAAGGAAACCGAGAGCAAAAACUCCGAGUACCGUACAGCCGUGCGCCUUUUAUCCCGCGUGCCAGGCAACUGUCCGGUGAGCAAAUGCCGUGAGAUUGUAUUCCCAUCGAACCUGAUGAUGCACAUGCUGCACAAGCACGUGAACGCCUUUGGCAGCACCAACUCGGAGAUCUAUGAGCACAAGCCGCUGAUAAUGUGCUUCGAUCCCAACAACUUCACCGAGUUUGGUGUCAACCACUGCUUCGCCACACUGAUGUACGGCGGAAAGAAGGGCCGCAUCGCGACGCGGCCGGGCCUCACCUAUCUGAGCAAUCCGAACUCGGCGCUCAUUAACGAUCACCAUCGGUUCGACAACUUUCUGCCCAUAAUGCUGAUCGUCUGCCGCACCACCUGGUAUGCCCAGCUGAAGGACAAGCACUUGGAGGCCCAGCUGGUGUCGAUAAAUGCCAGGAAGGCCAGCAUCUACGUCUUUUGGCUGGUGGCGCCCAAAACGACUCGCAAACUCUACUACACCCUGACCGUCUACGAUCGUUACUACUUGAAUUCGCGCAGUGUUGUUCGCGUGGUGCGCGACUACACUCAAUCACAGAAUCCCAGCGAGUUUCUGCCGAACGAGGACAACUACCUGCUGCUGCGUGACUCGGAGGUCAAGAGCUUCAUGAGCAUGUCCCACGGGGAGGCGACUCCGCAGCUCCGCCAGGGCAUACCCAUUGAGCUCAUCAUCUACGAGAACCCGAACAAUCCCCCAAUACGCCACAGCAGCCAGAGGGAACUGCACGCAGCACUCAAGCAGGCGCAGGACGUCUACAUCAUGGACAGUGUGCCACGCCUAAGAGGAUCUACGAGUCGCGUCACCCCAGCGAAAACCAAGAAGACGCGUGCCAAAAAGUCACGCACUAAGCCAAGCACCUCAGUGAGCGAGUGUCCCAUUAGCCUCCAGUCAAUAUUUAAGCUCUAGCUCUCCACCUGCUGCCCAAUCGUGUAUCGUGUAAAUUGAAUCUAUGCUAUCUUUGAAUCGUAUCUUCCAGUGCAUAUUUCCCAAAUUCCAAACAAAAUGUCCUACAAAAACAGUUCGAAUAAACGUGUAUCCUUCAGACUCA